AUGUUUGCACAUAUUGUGUCAAGCGUUUUGGCUCAACAAGAAUGUGGAGAGCUCCAAACUUUUCGCCUUCAAUGGAAAUUUGGGUGGGACGGUUCCCAUCUUGACACAUGGCUUCACACUGCUGCUGCUCGUAAAGUCAAAGAACUUGAUCUUGACAUUUUUAUGCAUGACUGUGAUGUGGAAAAUCUGAAAUUGCCUCCAAGCUUUUUCUCUUGCAGGACAUUAGUGGUUUCGAAAUUAAGCGAUUUGUCAUUUACAACUGACCUUUUCGAGGUUGCGUAUAAAUUAUGUGUACCCACGCUGAAACGCUUAAGUUUCAGCGAAAAUGUAUAUAAUUUAUGCAAUUACAAACUUAAGAUAAACACCCCAGCUCUUGAGUACUUCAAUUUUGAAGGUGAUCUUCGAGACAUCAAAUUCCAUGAAAAACUAGACAACCUAGUUCAGGCAAAUGUCGAGUCGUAUGUGUAUGAUAUACACAAAGAAUUUUAUAGAGAAUGGGUAUUCAGGCUUUUUACUGCUCUGAAUAACGUCAAAUUUCUCUCAUUUUCCCCUUACGGCACAGAGUGGCACAACGUAGGAAAUAUUUAUCCUUCCUCAUUCCAGAAUUUGGUCCAACUAGACUUUAAUGUUACUGAUUGUAACUGGCCAAUGUUACAAGACUUGCUCCAGAAUGCUCCUAAUCUAGAAACUCUUGUUGUUACUAAGGAGCCACAAUAUGAUCGUGACUAUCUGUCAUCACAUCUUACAAGUUUUUAUUAUGGAGGAUUUGAAGGUUUGAAAGAUGAAGAGGAAUUUGUAAAAUAUAUUCUAAAGGAGGCAAGAGUUUUGAAGACAGCAACAAUUCAAGUUUAUAGAGGAAAGUCGAAGGAAAAUGUUCUUGAGAAACUUGCCCAAUGA